UAAAUGUACAGAUUUUUUUGCUAACUUUGAUAAUCGUACACAUAAUAUGAUAGACUCCACGUAAUAGUCGAAUGAUUUUUUUAGUUUCGAUUGUAUAAUUAUUUGACAGAUGAAGUGACCGGUUGUUGUUUUUCAAAGUAUCCGAAUUUUUUUUGAUCUAAUUCUAAUAUAGUUGUGCUUAAUUUUGAAAUUUCAAAAUGACUUUAGCGAGAAAGUCGUGCAAGUUUGCGAGUUCAGUAAGAAUCAGGUUGGAGAGUUCAUUAAGAAUCAGAACUUUGAUCAUUCUGUGGAUUGUACUGAUUGUCUGUUGUUUACACAUCUGGAUUGUGAAUCUGAACAAUGAUUAUAACCAUUUCGUGAUGCAUGGUAACAAACAAUUAAUCAGAAUCAAUGAUAGCAGUGUUAAUAGCAGUUAUUCUCAUUCCGAAGAAACAAUUCGAGAAAACCGUUCAACCAUCCACGUGAACGCUGGAACAAGAAUCAAAAGAGAAUCGCCAAAAGAAAAAAUCUGUGACAAAUGCAAUUUCAUUGAGAUAGCUGUUGCUUGGGUCAGAGAGUUUAUCUAUAAGCAUUUCGAUUUUUCGGGAAUUAGUAUAACUAUAGGUGAACGUGUAGCCGACAAAUUUGCGGACUCUUAUAUUGAUAGGUUUAAUGUACACUUGUAUAAUUUAGAAUCGAAUAUUCAUAGAUUAUUUAAAGUUUGCGUUCAUUAUUAUUUUUUCAUCUGGAUUGCUGUUGGUGUGAUCGGCGCUGCUGUAGGAAUAUUCGGUAUUCACGAGAAUAUUUGGAGAUGUCUAACGUUGAGCGUUUUCUUCUUCUAUUUGUCCAUUUUUUCAUUGGUCAUGAUUAUACUGGAACUCAAUAUCGAUUCAGGCGCUGAACUUAGAAUGCUCGUUUUGUUAGAACUGACUGGAGCUUUGUGGAUAAAUUUCAAAGAAUGGAUGAUUCUGAUAAACGUAGUACUUCUACUAAUCACAGGUCUUUUGAUAUACUUUAUGUACAUCGUGAGAAAAUAUCGAAAAGUCAUGAUAGAGGAAAGUGAAGAAAUGAAAGCAUAUUACAACACAUGUUUCAAGGUCAAAGCUUCCAAUGAAAGAAACCAGCAACCAGAUGAACUCGCUUGAUUACAAUGCACAAGUAUAUGAAUGAGCUCAUUUUCACGUUUCAUAAUUUGCAGAAAAAAAUGAAUACCUACCUGAUUUACUUGGAUAAUCUAAUAAGUAGUAUGUUUAAAUCUAAUGAUGCCCACUCCCUCAAUCCUGAAGUGGUGGGAGCGAUUCUGAGAUAUUGCCUAGGAGCUCUGGGCCAUUGGCCUGGUGCUUGGGAAGGUGGGUCAGCAGCCCCAAAACUGGGGCUCCCCAUUCACCACAGCACUGGGACCUUUGAGUGGCCAAACCGUCCCUUCCCCCACCUAGUUUUAAGCAAAAUUGAAACACUCUCAAUCUUGGCUUAGCUUAAGUUGUACAUACCUAUGUACCUAAAUAGUUUUAUAGCUAAAUUUUAGCAUUAAGUAUGUCAUUUAGUAUGUAGGUAUUAGAAUUUACAUUCACCUUACCACCUAAAUUUAAGAUUGUACUGAUAUUAUUCCUGCGGAAGGGGCAGGCGGGACUGUAAUAAUAUUUAAAAAGAAAACCAACCUUUUUUUAUUUAAAACUCUAGUUCACUUUAAAUUUUUUUGUGGUUAUUUUAUUGUUUUUUGUGAUUGAAUAAAUUAAGUAUUUGCAUCUUG